CUGAAGACAGCUUUAAUCCUCAGAUGAGAGCAGCCUCUGCCAGAGCCAGAUGUUGCUGGUAAGACCCGAAGACAGACAGAUCCCAAAGUGGAUCUAAGAAACUGUGCGGAUGCUUAAAAGACGGUAAGGUAGCAUUGCCUCACAGCAUUUUUAAGAACACGUAUCUGAAAUGUCCUUCAACAAAGAGAAAGAUGAAGAGCAUUCACAUACACUGGCAGUGUCCAGAAAAGUUCAAGAUGAGUUAAUUUAUGUAAUCCACACUUCUUUAAAUAAUGUAGCAACACAAAUAAACAAUCUCAACAAAUAUGCUGAAGACCUACUUGGCGGAAUAUCCAAUGAGGUUGAAGACAUCUCUUGCAGACUUAAUUCUUUACAAGAACGUGUAAUCCAGUUAACUGAUGUUAUUAACAACAAAGAUGCAAAGAAAGACUUGUGCUUCCGAGCUAUAAAGUCAGAGAAGGAUUCUCAAAGUACAACCAGUGAAACAAAGCAGGUAUGCUCCUCUGACCCAUUACCUUUUAAAUCAUAUGAAACACAUGAUGCUUCUGUGCAGACUUUACCAAUCAACUUACCUACUUGUUUCCCAGAUGAUGGAGAAAGUUUAAAGAUUUUUUGUGAUGCUUCAUAUUACUUUGAAACAUGUACUACAGAAAAGCUUACACCUCAUAAUAAAGAAGAAAAACAGGAAAAACCCAAACACAGAAGGAAUAACAUAGAUUAUCCCAAUGAAACAGAAAGUAGGCCUCAAAUUCAACUGGUGGAUAAUUAUGUUCCAGUGAACCACAUACAAGAUGCUUGUAGAGAGUUCUCUCAUUCAUGUGUCAAUCAACCAGAUGCACGUUGCCCACCUUCCGAGUUUCCGUUUACUGAAAUCAGCAAGCUUUUAACAAGAGCUGUAGGCAAAGUGUUAUGCAGCCCUCUAAAUAUUCCAAGGAAUGGAUCUGGAGACCUGAAAAAUUCACUUACAUAUGUCAAUUAUGGAACUGGAAUGGGAGAAGUAGUACAACCCCAACCUCGAAUUCGUCUUAAAACAGAGGUGUUUGUGAGUCCCACAGCACCAACUUCACCACCUCCAUUACCACCUGACUGGUUAGCUCUACUAAGAGCUUCAAAGAUGGCAACUUCUCCUCCAAUUGUACAAUCUCAAACAGAGCUUCCACCACCAAUUUUGAUACCAGCAGAAGAAAUGCCUCUUCCUGAUUGCCUUGAGAGUACUCCUGAGGUAGGUCUUCCAAUUCCUCCACCUAAAGUGGACUUAUCUCCUCCAGUCUCUAAACCUCUUCAGUAUUAUGAAAUGAUACCACAUGAUCUGUUUCCAAAAGAUAAAGAAAAGACACCAUCUCCACCUAUGUCUCCUUGUCCAGUAAUCUCACAUAGAAUUGAAAGAAAAACUACAGUUACAGAUCUAGUUGACUGUGCUUCAGUUAUGCAGUCACCAACAUCUUCAGAUUUUCCAACUGCAAGGUCUUCCUUUGCAAAAUCAACAAGGCCUUCAACUGAAAAAUCACCAAAAUGUUCAGUUCUAUCAAAACCAAGAUCUUCACUUCCACCAACAACAAGAUAUGUGAUUACACCAGUAUCAAAAUCAUCAGCUGCACCAUUACCUAGAUGUUCAGUUCCACAGACUUCACAAAGUUCAGCCUCACUAUCAUGUUCUAAUCCCAAAGCUCCAAGAUCUUCAGUUCCAUUAACAAGAUAUUCAUUUUCACAACCAACAAGAAGCUCAGUUGCCCCAUUACAAAGACAUUUAGAUUUAAAAUCAAAAAGAUCUUCAGCUGCUACAUCAGGAUGGACUCCAGUUGUGCGAUCAACAGGACAACCACAACGAUCCUCAAGUUUAAAGUCAACAAGAUCUUUUAACCUACAGUCAUUGUUUUCUUUUGCACAAUCACCACCAUCUUGCAUUUCAAGCCCUCAAGCUCUAACAGUGCCCCAGUCUUCAUCAGCUUCACUUAAUCCUGGUACAAAACCAUCUCCAUCAACAACACCAAUAUUCAGUAAAGCAAGAAAUGUCCUGAUGGAAGCUAUAAGAAAAGGUGUUCUUCUACGCAAAACUGAAGAUCACUGUAUACUGAAAGCCAAAAUAGAUAUUUCUAAAAAUGAAGAAACUUCUAUCCUGAUCCAUCGUAAAGCUCUAGGAUAUAAUUCUGAUAAAUUCGAGAAUAAGGCUGAUUGGAUUGAGGGAAAUGAGCAAAACAAAUAAAUCCAAGUUAGUUAAAAAUAA